UUGAAGCUCUAUCUGCCGACGCUUUUAAAAGAAAGUUGGAUCAACUGAGAGACCACUAUUCUCAGGACUAACACAGGCCACUUAGCCUUCCGUCUUUUCUAAACCGAAACUUAGUUAUCAUCAGUAUCGUGGUAACAAACAGGUCAACAUAUCAAAAAUGUACGUUACAGAAUUUAUUGAUUCCAAAAUAAAACAGCGGAGAGUGCUACUGAUAUCAAAACAAAACUCUCCAGUUUGUCAGACUAUUGAGAGAAUUUUGAGAACAUACAACCUGAAUAAAGAACAGGAUAACAAUUUUGAAGUACUGUGCAUAGAUUGCAGGAUGGAUUGUACUACAGUAGAAACAUAUUUAUGGCAUAAGCUAAUCUACGGAAACAGGCAGGUACCACAUUUAUUUCUGGAUUGUAAGCACAUAGGAGGAGAACCAGAAAUAAAGCGCUUACAUGAAAGCGGUGAAAUGAGACGAAUAUUUAAGGAAGCAGGUCUUUGAAAACUCCUUAUAAUCAAAGUAACAAACUAAGGAAUGUAGAAAGGAACUUAUUAUUGCUAAACACUUCCAAUAGAAGGUUGCUACGAAAUAUAUACCAUAUUGAAAUUAAAGUGACGCUUUAUUGAUCUCACGAAACUACCCAAGAAGUAAAUAAUUACUUUCGUUUCAAACUUAAUAUACGACAAUAAAUUAGACAGGAAGCAGCAGCAAAACGAAUCAAAUCAUAAUACUACAAAAAGUCAUCCCGUGGCAAAGUCGAACAUGAAAUUCC